CGUCGCUGCAAACAGGCCGUUUUCCUUUUGCAAGCCUAAGCUGCAAGCAGAAACGAAAGCAAAACCCCAAAACCCCAAAACCCCACCCAAGUCCGACACGCUUCGAUCCGACCUACGAAGAGAAAUUCAUUGAUUGUAGUCAUGCUUUUGAGCCUGGUAGAGGCUCCGCGCCGCAGCUAUGACUCCGAUCUACGAUGGCAGGACCCGUUGGUGAUGGAACCUGUUGAUGGCCAUGAAGGCGUGUUCUCGAUUGUGAUCGAUGUCCCUCCCGGAUAUGUCCAGUACAAAUUCAUCGUGGACGACGAGUGGCGACACGAUGACGAUCAGCAACUUAUGCCGGAUCCGCUUGGGCAUCUCAACAACUGGAAGUUUGUUAAAGAGGAUCUUUCGGAGGAGGUUCUGCUGCCUCUUCCGGUCCCUCCAGCGAGUCAUCAACAGCUAAUGGAGAUUGACAGCAGGAACAACAGUCCCGCAAUGCCUGGGAUGGGCCAUAUCCCGGCCCAUCAACCGGAUCUGAAGAGCAGUCGGAUGCAAAUCGCAGACUUCUUAGCCAAGCACACAGCGUACGAGCUGCUUCCAGAGAGUAGCAAGGUGGUUGCCCUUGACGUUACUUUACCAGUUAAGCAAGCUUUUCAUGCAUUACAUGAUCAGGGCAUCCCUGCCGCACCGUUGUGGGACUCUGCCAGACAACAGUUCGUUGGCAUGCUCAGUGCUAGUGAUUUCAUCACGAUCUUGCGGCAGCUUGGCAGUAAUGGUGCGUCCCUGAGUGAGGAAGAGCUGGAGACACACACAAUUGCUGCGUGGAAGGAGGAGAAGGCACUGCAAUCCAGUGAGAUCGGCGCUCGCCGACCAUUGAUCUAUGCAGGUCCUGACGACAGUUUGCGAACCGUCGCUGACAAAUUGCUUCAACAUGGAGUGGCCACCUUGCCGGUAUUGAGCAUCAGUGCGGAAGACGGAAACAUCCCUCGUCUUCUUCACCUGGCAUCAUUGUCGGGAGUUCUAAAAUGCCUGACAAGGAAUUUUUAUAAUUUCAACAUCCCUAUUUUUACGUGGCAGAUCGGAGCACUUCCGAUUGGAACAUGGGCAGGGCCAGGGAAGGGUGGCCGUAGGCCUCUGUCGGUACUCAAGGCAAAUGCGUCUUUGUCAUCGGCGCUUACUCUCCUUUUGGAAGCUGGGGUUAGCUCUUUGCCUGUUGUUGAUGACAAUGGAGCGCUGGUGGAUGUAUAUGCGCGCAGCGACAUCACUGCUCUUGCAAAGGAUCGAGCCUAUACACGCUUGCAACUAGAUGACAUAACUGUUUCUCAGGCGCUUAUGUAUAGACAAGAUGCGAGUGGAGUUGCAGGCACUGCGGGGGUGCGAUGUCAUUAUUGUUUGUGCGUCGACACACUUCGACAAGUGAUGGAGCGUCUUGCCCAACCAGGUGUGCGCCGAUUGAUCUGCAUCGAAGCUGGCAGCAAGCGGGUAGAAGGCAUCAUAUCAUUAAGAGAUAUUUUCAGUUUUCUUCUGUCUUGAUUGAUGCUAUUGGACAUCGCUCCACUGCACAAGCUUCUAAAUGUAUUUUUGAACCUGCUAAUGUUCCCGAUACAUUCAAAGUGUUCAGUUGUGCCAAAUGUAUCUGGUCAAGUUGUAAUCCAGACACGUGUUGAAUGUUGAGUAGCGGAGCCGGGCCCAUUCUCUCGUGUCACAAGUUGAUGUCCUCGUCAUCUCGUCGGUAGAAGGUGUUGCGGAUUAAAGUCUCGAACCAGGUUCAAAAUCUGUACCAGCUGGAUCAGCCUUACGUAGCGUGAGGGCCAAGGAAUCUGGCCCAACUUCUGUAGCAGGUUCAAUGUCUGCCGUACCCUCACCCGGCUUCCAUAGCAGAAGAGGAGGAUCAAUUUGAUCGGACCGUGCCAGUCUUGUCAGGCAAGCCUGACCUGCUGCACAAAUAUCGACGUUCUGGCUCGUUUUUGCUGGAGAAGGUGAACACAUCACUCAACAAACAGCAAGUAAGCCGAUAAAUUAAGCAGUAUGUGCUUCCAUCCAUCCGACAACCGCAUUUCUUGAUGCGCCGUUUCUAUCACGAAUGGUUAUGGGCGAUCUUCUUUCGGCAUGUGGAUAUCGUGUUUGUUGAGUCCUUAGUUGCAGUGUGCAGCACUGUGACAGCUCCAUCUCAGCACUCAAUUGCGCAAACGAACAACGGUAAGUCGCUGCUGCUUCCUCACUUUGUUGACUCGACGAAGUUUCUAGGCAUUCAUCUUUCACGACCUCUCUUCGGUCUCUUUUUUUAACAAGAUCAGCCCACAAGGUGCCUUUUGACCUGGCACCUACUGUAAUCCAUUGUUACCUUUGCAGACGCACACACACACACACACACACACACAGAGAGAGAGAGAGAGAGAGAGAGAGAGAGAGAGAGAGAGAGAGAUGCCUCAUGGCAUUCCUAAGAUAUGCAGCUUCUGGGCAUCUGGAUGUAGAAAGCGCACCGUCAUUGCAUUCCCUCACUGGGAGUCUAGCUUUUAUCCUUGUGUGUGUGUGUGUGAUGAUGAUGUGUGUGUGUUAUGAUGUGUGUUUGUGUGUAAAUGUGUGUGUGUGUGUUUUGACGGUCGGUGUUCAUUAGUUACAAGCGGCAAUCCCGGUGGUUUGACGGGUGUGGUUAGGGUUCAUUUGUCUCCUCUGCUUUUGCUUCGGAGAGUCGAUAGUAGUUAGUCUCCCGGCCGUUGAUAUUGUCCUUCGGCAGAGGCCGACAGGUGUAGCUAAAAGUCUUAGCCUCCAUGAUCAGGUAACAUAGGGGAUGUAUGAGAGACUCGUACUGCGAGGAGAUUGUGGACCUGCAAAGCAAUUCCGCAGCAGGCUCCGGAUCCCAUAAUGUGUGUUUACUACCCGUGACUGGCGCAUCCACCCUCUCCCGUGUCCCGCGGGAGCUUGAGUGCUACUAGAGGGCUGGGAAGGCCGCGUAAACUGUCUAUGAUGCCAGGUCGACAUCACAGGACAAAAACAGCAAUGAGAGACGUCACGGUCACAUUAUAACAGUCGACACUUCAGGAUGGGGACAAUACCUGACUGGCACUUUUUUUAAUCUGAAUGAACUUUGUGACCAUCG